AUGCCAGCGAAGCCAAAGACCGGCGGAUAUGCCUCAGGGCAAGUCCAGGACGACGAUGACAGCGACGACAGCGACGAAGGCCAAAGCCGCGUGGAUGCUGGCACAGGGCCCGAUGCAGAAGAGAAGGCGCACUUCUUGGAAGUUUGUUAUUCGUUUAUGGAGUAUGGCACAGAUGCUUACUACGACCUUGGCCGAAUGCAGGAGACCGUCCAAAGCUUAGACAAGGCUGACAUGGCCAUGUGGAAGAUCGAUCCGCUGGCGUGGUACAAUGAGAUCCAGAAGCGUGUGCAGAUCAACCUGAACUUCCUGCGGAUGCUUCCUAAUCCAGACGUUUGCGGGGCAGAUCUAGGACGGCAAGCAUGGCAGCUCGUGACUCAGGUGCCUGAGGGUCAUCGGGUGGCCAGCAGGAACUCAUCGAAGGUGCGCUCCACUCUACGCCAGUUUGUGCGUGAUUGGUCCAGAGAGGGCCAGGCCGAGAGGCAAGCCUCCUACGGGCCACUGGUUUCAGCUCUGCUGAGACACCUUCCUCCCAAGGGUCAGGCCAAAGCGCCGGCAGUGCUUUGUCCCGGCUGCGGGCUGGCACGGCUCCCCUUCGACUUGGUCCGCCUGGGGUAUGCAGCCCAGGGUAACGAAUUCUCCUAUCACAUGCUCUUGGGCAGCCACCUCAUCUUGAACCGCAGCGAUCGGGCAGAAUGCUUCAGCAUCUUUCCUUUCGUGCUUACACUAGCUAAUCGGAAGGGGCGCUGGGACCAUCUGCGAUGUGUGAAGGUGCCGGACAUCUGCCCAUGUGAAGCGCUGGCACCAACAGCGCAGCUGUCAAUGGCAGCAGGAGAGUUUGUGGAGGUGUACAAGACGCAAGCUGCUGAAUGGGAUGGCAUGGCAACAUGCUUUUUCCUCGACACGGCCAAAAACGUGUUCAUGUACAUCCGCCUCAUUGCCCACAUCAUGAGACCAGGUGGCAUCUGGACCAAUCUUGGUCCGCUGCUAUAUCACUAUGCAGAUGCGCCGAAUGAGAUUUCCAUCGAGCUCAGCUGGGAGGAAGUCAAGCCGGAGAUUUGCAAAUACUUCGACAUCCUCGAGGAGUCCGAGAAAAUUGCGCGGUACACCGGCAAUGCAGAGGGCCUCAGCGUCAAUAAGCACCCGGGUCUUGGCUUGGUCCACGCCGGGCUUGGGGAACGCUCUCGAGCGCUCCAGGAGCUGGAGAGCUCGGCAUCUGCGCUCAAGGCCUCACUGGGAUCAAAGCAUCCCUGGACGAAGCAGGCCCGGGUGGACGCUGACGCGCUGAGGGCAACCCUCGAAGCCUCCGACUCUGGGCCACCUCCUGGCAACGAAGAUGAAACCCAGCAGGAGGUCAAUAUUUUCCAAGAAGAGGAGGCGAACCUCCUUUCGCUUGUGCAUGAGCAGCAUGCAGCUCUCCUGACGAUGCUCUCGCAGUCUUUGAGCAGGCUGCGAAGCAUGCAUUCCGACGAUCCACUUAAGCCCGCGGAGGAGAUCCAGGACGUUGUAUACCAGCAGGAGCAGGCGGCCAUCAAGAUCCAGGCAGUCCAUCGCGGCGUCCUUGCUCGGAAGGACCUGGGCGAGACCCACCAGGUUCGGUCAGCCAGCUUGGAGAAGUGUCGGAUUCGUCAACCGGUCCUUCCAGAGGAUGUUGAUCCUUUCCCUCCUGUUUUCGACCGACGGCCAGAAGAUCCCACGCUGCUCAACGUGGGUUCUGAGACGUCCAACGCCUCAUCGUCCCGUGGCCAGUCUACGACGACUUCCACAAAAAGGUCGUCCGUGGGAGGGCAAAUUACCGCGACAAGGGUUUUCGAGUCCAUCAUGGAUGCCACCGUCGUAGAGAGACGUGAACGAUGGGUUGGAAGGCUUGACUACGUUGGAGCUGCUCUUGUGCUUGUCAACUCGGUCGUCAUGCUUAUGGAGUUGGAGCUGGAGGGGCAGGAUAUCGGCAAGACACUUGGCCAAUCGGAUGGUUUCUCUUCCGACGCUAUUCUCGACGUCCUUCACGUACUCGACACUAUGUUUGCGUUUGCUUUUCUUGGAGAGUGGCUGCUCCGCCUUGUACUCGUGAAGUGUGGGUUCUGGAAGGAGAUGGCCAACUGGUUUGACACAGCUUUGGUGUUCGCUGGCCUCGCAGACGUCGUGGUGGCCUGGGCCUUGGCUGACGGCGAUGCUACCUCGCGGAGUCUAACCAUGCUUCGAAUGAUGCGCGUGCUGAAGUCCAUGCGUGCCAUUCGAAUGGUCCGAAGCUUUCGAUUCUUUCGUGGCCUGCGAGUCUUGGUCAAAGCCUGUCAAUGCUUCCUUCCUUCGCUGUGUUGGUCCAUGGUGCUGCUCGGCCUCCUCAUGUCGAUGGGGUCGCUGUUCCUGGGGAAUCUGCUGCAAGAUCCCAUCGCAGAUGAGGCCAUGACGCUGGAAGAUCGGCAAUGGUUGUGGAGUCGAUACGGGACGGCCUACCGGUCAACCUACACGCUGUUCGAGAUAACUUUUGCAGGUAACUGGCCGAUCAGUGCUCGUCCGGUCCUGGAGAAGGUCUCUCAUGCCUUCGUCGCGUUCUUUGUGAUCUAUAUUACCGUCGUGGUUUUCGCGAUGCUGCGUGUCAUCAGUGCCGUCUUCUUAAAGGACACGUUGGAUGCCGCGCAGAAUGACGCCGAACAGCUGGUCAUGGACAAGAUGCGGACACAGUCGGAGUAUAUUCAAAAGCUUGAGGAAAUCUUCAGGGCGAUCAGCUGCUCUAAGUCCAGCAUGAUCACGGAAGAAAGGCUCAUUGAGAUCUUCGAGAAUCCGAAGGUGGCGGCUUACUUCCAGACACUGGACUUGGAUGUGCAGGAGAGCCGAGCUUUGUUUCACGUCCUCGACAACGGCGAUGGGGAAAUUUCUCUCGAUGAGUUUAUCGAUGGUGUGAUGCGGUGCAAAGGGCCCGCCCGGGCCAUCGACCAGGUGGCAAUGCACGCCGACAUGAGGCAACUUGACAUGAAGCUGACUAUGAUCCUGCGCAGCAUCGACGGCACUGCUAGCAGGGAUGCCGAAGAGGAG